AUUCUAUUCGAAACGUCAUCACUUAUUUGUCUAUCGAGUAAAAAUUGUCGUGGCUGUGUGGAAAAAUUGUAUAUUUUCAAUAUUAUUAAUUUGUUGUAGAUUUGCACAAUGUUAAAAACUAAAUAAGUGUCGAUUGUUGUAAAGCAGCAGGCAGAAAAAAGAAUAUUAUACACAACGAUACUAAUAGAUAGCUAAAGAAGAAGUGUUUUUGUUUGUGUGUGUGUGUGGUAUUAUUCCACUGCGGGUAUUUCCGUGGCUGAGCAGAAAAUCGUAAUCAAUUUAUAUUUUAUGCUAUAAAAAUGACGUUACCCGGUAAUGGAAUCUUCGUGGUGCGCGAGCAGAUGUCCACGCUAAUGACGGCGAUGCGCCGUGGCACCCGUUGGAAUGCGGCCGCUUACGUGGAUGAAGAAAAAGAUGGCUUAAUGAAAAUGUUCGUUAAUCUUAAAGAAAUAUUGAAAAGUGUGGAAGAUUUAAGACUAAUUGAGCCCAAUACAUUUCUGGCACCAUUCCUGGAAGUAAUACGUACAGAUGAAACAACGGGCGCCGUUACUAGUCUGGCGCUGGAGGCGAUCAAUGAAUUUCUAUCAUCAGGUUUAAUCGAUCCCACCUCAACCAAUCUCGCCGUAACUGUAGAGAAUAUCGUUGAUGCUGUCACCCAUGCACGCUUCAUGGGUACCGAUCAAUCUUCAGAUGGUGUUACACUCUUCUGCGUUGUGGAAGUUCUACACACGCUGAUGCGUUCACCCGAGGGUUCAGUGCUGAGUAACGAGGCUGUGUGCGAAGUAAUGCUCAGUUGCUUUAAAAUAUGCUUCGAGCCACGUCUCAAUGAACUUUUGCGCCGUUAUGCUAAAAAAGCGCUCAAAGAUAUGGUUUAUCUACUCUUCAUGCGUCUACCACAAUUCUCCGAAGAUCGUAAUGCCGCCAAUGUAUUGCGAAAAUUCCAAAUGAUAGCCACUACAAUGGAUAAAAACAAAAACAAACAACGCAAGAAAGUGUCAAAAAGUGGUCAGGCACCAACAACAACAGGUAAUACGCUAUCGCGUAGUAGUAGUGAUAUUGCAAAACCAGAAAUGGAACGUAAGUUAUCAACAACAGCAACUGCUGCUAUAGAUCCACAAACACCACAUUUACAAGUGUCACAUACGAAAGCGCUACCUUUGGCCACAACGCCAGCCACACCGGCGGGCAAUAUACUCGAUAUGCAGGGAAAAAUUACACAAACACCAACAACAACACAAGGCAUUGUCGAUGCGGAUGCUACCACAGAGCCGUCUAUAAAUGUAGAGCAUUGCGAAGAGCAAGCAGACGUCACUGAAGGCGCGUCACAACCGUUAAUUGCUGCCGAGCAGCAAUCAGCUGAUGCUGGCGUUAGCAUAACAACAACGCCUGCAGAUGUUGAAGAGAACGGCUUGCAAUCGAAUAGUGGCGGCAGCAGUGAGUAUAUCAAUUCUGUUGGUGUGCGUUUUACACAACAAAAUUCGUUGGAUGGAUCGGAGGGCGCGGCAUCGCUGCUGCCUUAUGGCCUGCCCUGCAUACAGGAGUUAUUCCGUUUUCUAAUAUUGCUGUGCAAUCCAUUGGACAAACAAAAUACAGAUACCAUGAUUCACAUGGGCUUGAGUUUGCUCACAGUGGCGUUCAAAGUGGGCGCCGAUAAUAUCGGUAAAUACGAUACGUUGCUGGAGUUGGUGAAGGAUGAUUUGUGCCGAAACCUCUUCGCUUUACUCAACUCCGAGCGUCUUACAAUAUUCGCCGCCGAUUUACAACUUUGCUUUCUGCUUUUCGAAUCGCUACGCGGUCACUUGAAAUUCCAAUUGGAAGGCUAUCUAAAGAAACUAUCCGAGAUUAUCGCUAGCGAUAGCCCGAAGACACCUUAUGAAAUGCGCGAACUGGCGCUCGACAAUCUGCUGCAAUUGUGGCGCAUACCCGGUUUCGUCUCCGAACUCUAUAUUAAUUACGAUUGCGAUUUAUACUGUACCGAUCUAUUUGAGGGUCUUGUGAAUUUGCUCUCCAAAUACACACUCUCCGCCACGAAUGCUGUCUACAGCACCCACAUCAUCUCGCUGGAUACGUUGUCAUCGGUUAUUGAGAAUAUCGAGCAAAAUUGCAUAGCUUCAAAGCUGGUGAAUAACGAAGAUGGUAGCGCAGGCGCAAGCGUGUUGCCAAGCGGUCGUCAUUCACGUCAUAACUCCGAAUUGGAGGGCAUAAUUAUCGAUGGCAGCAAUGAAGACAACAAAUCGGUUGUGGAGAAUAUCUCCAAAUUCAUAAAUAGCUCAUCACGUUUGCGCCUUGGCGCCGGUGGCAUUGCCAAUGCUGGGCUGACACGCGAAUAUCUGGCGAAUGUUAAGCAGAAGAAACGUGUACUCUCACAGGGCACAGAGCUGUUCAAUCAACGUCCCGAUAAGGGUAUACAAUAUCUGCAGGAACAUGGCAUACUCAGCGCGCAACUCGACCCCAUGGAGGUGGCGUUGUUCUUGCGCGAAAAUCCCGGUUUGGACAAGAAGAUGAUUGGCGAGUACAUAUCGAAGAAGAAGAAUGUGGAUUCGAAGAUUCUGAUGAAUUUUGUGGACUCAUUCGAUUUUGCCGGCUUGCGCGUGGAUCAAGCGUUGCGUUUGUAUUUGGAGACUUUCCGUCUGCCCGGUGAGGCGCCGCUCAUUUUCCUCGUGCUCGAACAUUUUGCCGACCACUGGCAUAAACAAAAUAAUGCGCCAUUCGCCAAUACCGAUGCUGCUUUUAGUUUAGCUUAUGCCAUCAUCAUGUUGAAUAUGGAUCAGCAUAAUUCGAAUGCGAAGCGUUUGAAUGUGCCUAUGACACAGGAGGACUUUCUCAAGAAUUUGCGUGGCUUGAAUGGUGGUGUGGAUUUUGAUCAGGAGAUGCUUUCGAAUGUCUUCAAUGCAAUCAAAAAUGAAGAAAUCGUCAUGCCCGCCGAACAGACUGGUCUGGUGCGUGAGAAUUACUUGUGGAAGGUGCUACUACGUCGCGGUGUUGGUCCAGAUGGCGUUUAUAAAUAUGUACAGGACGCAGCCUAUGAUUUGGAGGUAUUCAAUUUGCUAUGGGGUGCUUCGUUAAGUGCGCUGAGUUUCAUGUUUGACAAGAGUAGUGAAAAUGGUUAUCAGCGCAUACUGAGUGGCUUCACCAAAUGCGCCGGCAUUGCCGCACACUACAAUCUGCACGCCAAUUUCGAUGCGCUCAUACUGACGCUCUGCAAAUUCACCACACUUUCGAAUUUGUCACAACCCGAGGCGCCCACCGUCGCCAAUAACGAACUCACACAAUCGGUUAGCUUCGGUUUCAAUGCCAAAGCGCAGGCGGCCAUGCGUACAGUCUUCGCGUUGGUGCAUGAUUAUGGUGAUUGCUUGCGUGAAGGUUGGAAGCACAUACUCGAGUUAUUCCUGCAAUUGUUCCGUUUGAAAUUACUGCCGAAAUCACUCAUUGAAGUGGAGGACUUCUGCGAGGAGAGCGGCAAAACGCUAUUGAAAUUGGAAAAACCGAGUCAGAAGCAAGAAGCCGGACUCUUCUCCAGUCUCUAUUCGUAUCUCUCAUCGGAGGGGCAACGCGAACCGACCUACGAGGAGCAAGAGUUCAUUAAGCUGGGCAAGAAAUGCAUAAAAGAAUGUCAAUUAGAUCAAAUGAUACAAGAAUCGAAAUUCGUGCAGUUGGAAUCGCUGCAAGAGUUGCUGCGUAACAUAUUAGCGCUAAUUAAACCGCCGACAGCGCCUAAGUACGACGACGGCGGCACACUGUACACCGAGGAUGUGGUGGUCUUCUGGAUGGAGUUGCUGGUGAAAAUCGUCAUACAGAAUCGUGAUCGCAUGGUGCAACUGUGGCCGGAUGUGCGCGACCGCAUCUAUCUGCUGCUAAUCGGUGCCACCACCUACAACUAUGAAUAUCUGCUCAAUCGCAGCAUUGUCGCUGUGCUCAAGUUGGCCAUUUACCUCAUGCGCAACGAAGAGCUCUGCCCCAUCGUGCUGCAGUCACUCAAAAUGCUGCUCACGCUGAAAUCACCCGUUAUUUUGCGUAUUUCACGCCAGAUUUCCACCGGCGUUUAUGAGUUGCUCAAGACCUCAGCGCAGAAUAUACACUCCGAACAGGAUUGGCAAAUCAUUUUCACGAUUUUGGAAUGUGUCGGCGCUGGCGCUGUGCCACCCGAGUAUGUGGAUAUUGUUUUGCCGCAGUUGCCGCACGAGGGUGGUGGCGCUGCCAAUUCCGAGGGCACUUUGAGCAGCGAAGAGGAUUCGGGUUUACCCGAUCGUGGUUAUAUAUCCGAUACAGAUGCGAGCGUCAAGUCGCAGCAGCAACAGCAGCCAGCGCAACAACAAAAACAACUACAGCAACAACAAAUACAUUCGAACACGAGCAGUCCAUAUGCGUCGAGUCCGACCGCGGAGAAUUGGAUUUUGGUAAAUAAGGAUAGUGAUUUGUCCACGCAAUCGCGUCCACAAUCACCGCCCACAGCGAAUGCGGCAGCGAAUUCGACGCCAACCGCCACACCCACAGCCACGCCGCUCAUCUACAAUUGCCAACUGGGCGAACACUCGCCCGUUGCGCUCUUCAAGUGCUGGGACUCGCUGGCCUUCAUCGUGCGCAAUGUCGCACACAUUACACCCUACAACUUUGAGUCGUGUGUGCGUUGCAUACGCACCUUCGUCGAAUGUUGCCGCGAUGGUGGCAUUGCACAGCGUCGCAAAUUCGCCGCUGAGCUCGCAGCACGGACGGCAGGCGCCGGCAAUAACGCGGCAGCGCAACGACGCAAGGCGGCCGCAAAGCGUAAUGAAAGCUCUGCGCAGCGCAAAUCAAAUACCGCCGGCGAUUACUACGCGCAUGAGCAGCGUGGCGGCGACGCCAAGGAGGAGGACUUGCGGCAACGCUACGAAACGCUCUCCAUACAAUUGAUUGACCUCAUGUACACGCUGUACACGCGCACCGCGCAAAUCUUUCGCUGGUGGGCCGAGGAGGAGUGCGCCGUACCGCAGUGCUCGGCGCUGUGGGCGCAAGGCUGGUGUCCGCUGUUGCAGGGCAUUGCACGGCUUGCCAUGGAUCGGCGUCGCGAGGUGCGUACCUAUGCCAUAUCGUGUCUGCAGCAGCGCGCGCUGCUAGUGCACGACUUGCAGACACUGUCGGGCGGCGAGUGGGCAUCGUGUUUCCAGCAGGUGCUAUUCCCGCUACUCAAUGAAUUGCUGCCGGAGAGCGCUUCGGUGGCGCAUUUGGAGAUCGUGCUGUUGGAGGAGUCACGCAUACGCACCGCGACCAUUAUGUCGAAGGUGUUCUUGCAUCAUCUAACACCGUUAAUCGAGUUGGGCGCUGCCUUCAAUCAGUUGUGGAUCGAUAUACUGGAUUACAUCGAGAAAUUCAUGAAGGUCGGCUCGGAUAUGCUGUCCGAACAGAUGCAGGAAAUACUGAAGAACAUGUUGUUGGUGAUGCAUUCGGUGCGCGUGUUCCACAAUGAUGACGGCACACUGCAGCUGCCGUUGUGGGAUUUGACGUGGCAGCGCAUAGGCGAAUUUUUGCCGAACAUCAAGGAUGAGCUGUUUCACGAUGAAGAUAAGCGCGCUCAAGUGAUGUCAGUGACCAAUGCGGCAUCUCUAGCACCACCACCACAACAGCCAGCACAAGCAACAGACGAGGCGCCCAGCUCACCAAACAGCAUUGCGACAAAUGCAAAACCAACAGACGCACAGCCGGUGCUGUUGCCGCCCACACCGUUGGUGCUGCCAGUCGCCACACAAGCAACGCCUGCGUCCAUCGCUGCCGUGGAAGUCACACACACGCAACGAAAACACUCCGCUGAGCUGUUAUGCAACGUGCAGCGUCACACAUUGGAGGCCACCUCGCCGCGCCACUCAUUGGCCGCUUCGCCGAUCACAACCAAUCCGUUGUUAUUGUUGGACGACACACCACUUUUGGUGCGGCCGGUGCCGAGCAUUGUGCCACAAACUGUGGCAGAGUCAACUACAGCAGGCGUCAGCGCGCCAACCAGUUUACCUGAUUUAGUUCAUGACACACCACAGCCGAACGUGCAGUCAUCUGCAAGCGCUCAAGCAGCUGAUGCAACAACCACUCCAGCGGCUACACAACAAUCGGCGAUUAUUGUCAACAACACGGUGCAAAAUAAUAUUUACAGUAAUUAUUCGUACGCUAUUGAGUUGCCGGAAACGCCACCAGCGGUCGCUGCUGCGCAUACACAGUUGUUGCAACAACAAGCACAACAACAACAACAACAUCAGAGUCAUGAGCAACAGCUAUUGCAUCAGCAAUAUCCAGAUUACAUUGCUGCUCAGCAGCAGUACCAACAACUCUUGCUACAACAACAACAACAACAAAAUUUAUACAAUCAACAUGCGCUUGACGGCGCUAAGCAAACAUCGGUCGGACAGGAGUCCAUCCAGCAGCAAAAACAGCAAACACAACAGCUGCAACAGCAACAACAACAACAACAGCAGCAGCAAGAGCAGUCCACUUUAGACGCGCAGUCGUUCGAUAACGUGCCAAUAAACACUCAGCAACAACAACAACAUCCCUACUACACCAGUGCACCAUACAUAACCGUGCAAAGUGGCAAGCAACCGCAACAACAACAACAACUUCCACCAUUGCUACCACCACAAACGAAUCCUGCCAUUGUAUCGAGCUACGCAUCCAAUAUUGUCAUGCAAUAUCCGACGCUACAACAACAACAACAAAGCGGCGAAAAUGAUAUCUAUCAAGAGUAUCUGAAGAAUCCCUACAAUAUAUCAACAACACCAACAACAACCCACACAGGUCGUCACGCGGAGCUCACCACAGCCCCUACAACGUUGACCAAUGUGUUUGCUUCACCAGCGAGCUACUUUAAUGCCAGCGUCGAUCCCAGCUCAAUACCGCCCGGCUCGGAGAUGCUCUAUGGCCAGCCAUAGAAUUGUAGUUAACGAAUUACAUAUACACAUAUACAUAUACAAGCAUAUAUACAUAUAUAAAACUAAGUAUAGCAACAUACAUACACACAUAUAUACCGUUAGCUGUGGCGCAUUGUUAAUUGUGACGCUUGUGUGUAUGUGUAUGUAUGUGCGCGAAAUGCAGUUUGCUACAGGCAAAAAAUUUUGCAAUGCAGAAAUUGAGAAAAAGAAAUAUAUUAAAAAAGUACCGUUAUUGUUUAAGCGCAUUUACAAUUA